AUGAGGUCUGACGACAACCGCAAGCUUCUCUCUGCCGUUGAAGAUUACCAGAAUAAAACACGUGGGCCUCUCGGACAGGCAGUCACGGAUCCGACAUGGGGUUAUUACAUCUUUGUUACGGCUUAUUCAGACAAGGCACGACCGCAGCUUGGGCCAGCUGUGGAUGCUCUGGUUCGGCUGACAAUCCGGAGCUUGAGGUCGAUUUCAAUUUCGGCUUACUGUGAAGAAGCAAUCACGAGGUUCAAACGCGGCGUGUUAGAGGACAAGGAGGCUCUGGAGAAUGCAUCAGAAGACAGAAUGAGAGAAGAGUUCUGUGCACAGCUCAAAGGAUUGGGGAUGUUAGCAGACGACCUCAUGCUUAGAGGAAUUGGUCCAAGCCGGUUCACAGCAUGUAUCCUCUUUGAUGAAGACACAAUCGAGAGAUUAUCCAAUGUUUCAUUCUUCAUCUACGUCGAGAAGGAUGAGCAUCAGGUUGAAGAUAUGUCUGUGAGGCUGAUUGACCCCAAAUGGGACUACCCGACGGAGCCUUACCCAGAAGUAAUCGAAGAUGAAGUGCCAUACCGAGGCGCAGAUGAUUGCCCAGUUACCGGUAAUGCAGAGUUCUAUCGCAGAAUGAAAGGGGACUUGAUGGAGGAUUAUCCCCUGUUAUGGACUUUGGCCUAG